AUGUCUUCUCCUCUGAAGCCCCAUUGGCACCAGCCCUCUCACCCUGCCAUCCAGGAGGUGAUCAUCAAUGAUCAUGAGUUCACCUCCAAGAGCCUGUCCAAGGUGACACUGCCGCCCUUCGGCUUGUUUGCCAAGAUGGACUUUCCUCCGUGCACUUGGGCCGAGGAACCGACAUACGCCACGGUCCAGGUGGACAAGAACAAGCAUCUCAACCUGAACAGCGAUCUGCUCUACCUGAAUCACAGCUGCGAGCCCUCACUAAUCUUCGAUACUGCAAACUUCAACAUCCUGGUAGGCCCCAAGGGCCUCCAAGUGGGUGAGGAAUUAACUUUCUUUUAUCCGUCCACGGAAUGGGAAAUGGCUCAGCCGUUUGACUGUUUCUGCGGAAAAGCCACGUGCCGGGGGCGAAUUGCAGGCGCCAAGGACAUAACGCCUCAGCAGUUGGCUGGUCUCUGGAUCAAUGGCCAUAUUCGUGAGCUGAUUGAGCAGCAAGGAGCCGGUCACAGCGGAAAGUUGUCUGCAAAUGGAAACACCGCCGCCGCCGCCUCCGCCAGCAGCGGCCAGGAAGCGAUCGAAGAUCCCACUGCACUUGCGCUGAAAGAUGCCUUGAAGCAGGCGGAAAAGGUCGUUGAAGCUGCCAAGUACGCUCUCCGUGCUUACAGCGAGUCUUCUCAAACCAAGGAGAAUGGAAGAUUCCCAACUGCUGGUCAAUCUGCGGUCGCAGAGGCUAACGCCGGAUACACUCACCGAGGACCGACCUCCAGAGAACUCAGUGGCGAGAUGGGCGGAGAUACCGCCAUUGCCGCUUAG